AUGGCGGGGCAGGACGGGGACGCCGGCGAGUGGAAUCAGGUGAAACGAAGAGGUGGUCGAUUACGCAACAUACCAGCUCCCACAAACGAGGCGGCCGAUUCAUUAGUCGACGGCAUCCGGCCAAACACCAAGCCAGAGCUUUCUGUCAACGACCUCUGGAACUACCACGAGUCAGUGACCCAAGACUCGCAAACAACAGAGUGGUGGGAUCAAGUACGCCAACUGCUCGACUCCAUCUUGAACAAGCCAGGCUGCCCGACUAUCACCAGGGCUGUUUGUCUAGGGCCGGGUCCGUAUGAGCCAAGCAAUGGUAGCUCCAUCGCAAGGCGGACAGCCCACAUGCAGACGGCUGCCUUCUGUUGUCUUGUUGGUUGUUUGAGUAGGGGCCCAUCCGACAUAGGAACAGAAUCUCCAAUUGCUGAUCACCAUACAGAGUCUCAAGAUGGCCGGGAUAUCCAUUGUGUGGUCCAAGAACCCCGGUUUACAGAGACUGACAAGGAAUUUUGCGCCAAACUCGGCGUCGAGGCUGUCGAGAGUCCAGCUGGUUUCUCUCUAGUUGACGAGAGCACGCUCUUGUUCGGCAUCCACAUGGAACUUGACAUCUACAACCAAGCCAUGGUAAUACCGCCAGCAAUAUACGUCGGGGCCAGCCUGGAAGAGUGGGAGAAGGUUGUCGACGGCGGCUCAGAAACCGAAGGCCCACUCGCCGCUUACGGCAAGAUGGACAAGACCUACGAUAGAUACCCUUUCCCGGAUCUUGAUUACAUGUUCUCAAGCACAGUCAUGUAUUGGAGACGGGCUAAAACAUGA